AGAUUGUGGCAUCUGAAACCCACAAUGUUAAAAAACGGAACUUUUCUAAUAAUAUUGAGGAUCAUUCCAUUGGUCUUCCUAGAAAAAAGAUCUCUAAUUUCACCAAUAAGAACAUGAAGGAGGUUAAGAAAUCUCCAAAACAGUUGGCUGCUUAUAUAAAUAGAACAGUUGGACAAGCUGUGAAAAGCCCAGAUAAACUACGAAAGGUGAUGUAUCGCAGAAAGAAAGUUCAGCAUCCUUUUCCAAAUCCUUGUUACAGAAAAAAACAGUCCCCUAUAAGUGGGGGCUGUGACAUGGCAAAUAAAGAAAAUGAACUGGCUUGUGCAGGCCACCUACCUGAAAAAUUACACCAUGAUAGUCGAACAUAUUUGGUUAACUCCAGUGACUCUGGUAUACAGACAGAAAGCCCAUCAUCUAAAUACAGUGGGGUUUUUUCCGAGGUUUCUCAGGAUCAUGAAACAAUGGCCCAAGUUUUGUUUAGCAGGAAUUUGAGACUGAAUGUAGCUUUAACUUUCUGGAGAAAGAAAAGUAUAAGUGAACUUGUAGCUUAUUUGGUGAGGAUAGAAGAUCUUGGAGUUGUGGUAGAUUGCCUGCCUGUACUCACUAAUAAUUUACAGGAAGAAAAACAAUAUAUCUCACUUGGCUGCUGUGUAGACUUAUUGCCUCUUGUAAAGUCAUUACUUAAAAGCAAAUUUGAAGAAUAUGUGAUAGUUGGUUUAAACUGGCUUCAAGCUGUAAUAAAAAGGUGGUGGUCAGAACUAUCAUCCAAAACAGAAAUUAUAAGUGAUGGAAAUAUUCAGAUUUUAAAACAACAAUUAAGUGGCUUGUGGGAACAAGAAAACCAUCUUACUUUGGUUCCAGGAUAUACUGGUAAUAUAGCUAAG